UCCGUCGGAGAGAGGGAGAAAAAGGAUUUCGUGAGAUUCUAGAGAGAGAGAGAGAGAGAGAGAUGGAGGAAGACGAACACGAAGUAUACGGAGGAGAUAUACCAAUCGAAGGAGAUAUGGAAGAUGGAGACAAUGUCGAUAUGGAUAUGGUUAGGUCGACUGAAGAUGAUGCAGCUAAGUUGCAGGAAUUAGAUGAAAUGAAGAAACGAUUGAAGGAAAUGGAAGAUGAAGCGACUGCUUUACGUGAAAUGCAAGCUAAAGUUGAGAAAGAAAUGGGUGUUUUUCAAGAUCCUAAUGCUGCUGCAACACAAGCGAGCAAGGAGGAAGCAGAUACUCGAUCUGUGUUUGUCGGUAAUGUCGAUUAUUCCUGUACACCAGAGGAAGUGCAGCAGCAUUUUCAAGCAUGUGGGACAGUAAACCGAGUCACAAUCCUGACUGACAAAUUUGGUCAGCCAAAGGGUUUUGCUUAUGUGGAAUUCCUUGAAGUAGAAGCUGUUCAGGAGGCUCUUUUGCUGAAUGAAUCCGAAUUGCAUGGUCGUCAACUCAAAGUUUCUGCUAAGAGAACCAAUGUCCCUGGGAUGAAGCAGUUCCGAGGGCGGCGCUUCAACCCUUACAUGGGUUCCAGAUACAGAAGACCAUAUGUGCCUCCGUACUUCUACUCUCCUUAUGGAUUUGGGAAAGUUCCCAGGUUUAGAAGGCCAAUGCGGUUUAGACCCUACUUUUGAAAUCUGGAAGACAAAAGGAAACUCUGAUAUGGAAGACAAAAGGAAACUCUGAUGUAGUGCAGCAUUAGCUUGGCUCCCAGGAAAGCCUGAGAAUUCAAAGAGUAUCUUUAAUGGAGGAGAUACAAGACGCUUUUUUUCAUUUUUCUUUCUUAUUCAACUAUCCCAGUUACAUCCUUGCCAUAUCUAAUAUUAUAUGAGAUAGAAGAUUAAUCUAGAUUAUGCAUGAAUCAUGAUGAUGAAUCUGAUGAUAAUAAAUGUGUUGCAGAAACAUCAAUUUUUAUUUUUCUCUUCUCCAUGUGGAUGAUUAGUUGGAAUCAGGAAAAUCAGUCCAGAAUGAAAACCUUGUACUUGCGUUGGCAUUUUUUUGCA